UCCUCCUAAAGCUCUCACUCACUCACUCACUCUCUCUCUCCAUCUCUCCUCCUCCGCCGCCGCCACCUCGCCGCCGGUAAAAAUGGCUCUCCGAACAUGCACUCUCUCUCCUCACUCCAUUCGACCGUCGUCGUCCUUUCCCUGCGCCGCGAAGCAGCAGAUCGCGCUCCCGUCUUUUUGCUUCGGUUCCAAGAAGAAUGUGGUUUUGAGCUUCAGCUCCAACAGUAGUACUGGAAAGAGGGAUUACAGAGUCCGGUCAAGCUUGGAGACCAUCGAACCUACCGUCGGGCAGGUGACCGAGGUCGAUAAAGAUACCUUCUGGCCGAUCGUUAACGCCGCUGGAGAUAAGCCCGUCGUUCUCGACAUGUACACCCAAUGGUGUGGUCCUUGCAAAGUGAUAGCUCCAAAGUAUCAAGAACUGUCAGAGAAGUACCUCGAUGUUGUCUUUCUAAAGCUUGAUUGUAAUCAAGAUAACAAGUCAUUGGCCAAAGAACUUGGGAUAAAGGUGGUUCCAACUUUCAAGAUUUUAAAGGACAACAAGGUUGUAAAAGAAGUAACCGGAGCUAAACUAGAGGAUUUAGUUCUUGCUAUAGAGACAGUCAAAUCAAGUUGAAUAUUAGGUCCUCUUUGAUCGUUGCUUUGUAUAAUGUUAAGAAUAUAGUGAAAACGUUCACUUCAAACUGAUUGGUGAUUGUACUUGUAUGUAUUUAUGAGAUGUUUUCUCUGUGAAAAUAGUUGAAAGUGUUAAGGAAUGGAAAGGAACCAUAUCAUAUGCUUCUUUAAUAAAGAUAAUAUAUAGCUAGGAUGUGGUUCCUUGUGUUUA